AUGACGUCCCCACCCGCAGAACGACCAGAGACUCCACCGAACCCGUCGAUCGUCAUACCUUUCAGUCGCGAUACAGACUUCAAAUGCGCUGUCUUAGGAUCUCGGACCGCGCUCGUUGGCUUGGGCGGCGUCGGUAAAUCGCAACUCGCGAUCGAAUACGCCUAUCGAACUCGAGAUCGCUCGCCGGAGACAUGGGUUUUCUGGGUCCACGCAAGCAACACUGCCCGAUUCGAGCAAAGCUUUCGAGACAUUGCAAACUGCGUUAAGAUCUCUGGACGACAAAAUCCACAAGCCGAUAUCUUCCAGCUCGUGCACGACUGGCUGCGCGAUGAUAGGAAAGGGAAGUGGGCUCUUAUACUUGAUAAUGUGGAUGAUGCUGGCUUCCUCCGCGACCUUAUCACAAUCGACCCGAUGAGUAGUGAAGAUGCGCUGAAGCUCUUCGAGACCAAGCUGGGAGGGGACGACGACGGCAGUGAUAACGCUGGUGCCGUUGCUGAGUUUCUUGUAGCACUCGAGUUCAUGCCGCUCGCUAUCGUCCAGGCAGCUGCAUACAUUUUACGGAGGAAACCGCGGUAUUCCGUGCGAGAGUAUCUUCAGAGCUUUCGGGAGAGCGAUCGUAAGAGAACUAGCCUUCUGGACUACAAUGGCAAGCAGCUCCGUCGAGAUAGGGAGGCGAAGAAUUCAAUCAUCGUUACUUGGCAGAUAUCGUUCGAUUAUAUUCGUAAGAUUAGACCAUCAGCGGCUGAUUUACUGUCGCUUAUGAGCUUUUUUGACCGGCAAGGAAUCCCUAAUACUCUACUUCAAAAUCGAAGCGAGCAGAUAAAAUCGAGGCAAGACCAGAGGGAGAGCGUCGCUAGUAGUUGUAUUGAUUAUAAUACUGGCUAUAGUGACGACGAAGAAGGCAGCACAUCACAGUCUUCUAUGAGCGAUGGGUUUGAAGAAGAUGUCUUAGUCCUACGAAAUUACUCGUUCAUCUCCGUCAACGCCAAUGGCACAACAUUCGAAAUGCACGGACUAGUGCAGUUAGCUACACGGAAAUGGCUUGAAGCUCACGGGCAGAGAGAGAGGUGGAAACAUCAGUUUAUUAAGAAUCUUUACGCAGAGCUUCCAACGGGAGAGUACGAGAAUUGGGAAAAGUGUCAGGCACUCUUCCCACACGCACAAUCGGCAGCAGCACAGAGGCCAAAGGAACAAGAUUCUUUACUAGACUGGGCUUCAAUAUUAUACAACGCAGCAUGGUAUGCCCUGAGAAUGGGAAGAGGUGUAGAGACAGAGAAUAUGGCGGUUCAUGUAAUGAAAGUUCGAAAGAAGAUGCUUGGUGAUGAGCACAGUGAUACUCUAAAUGGGAUGGCAGUGGUGGGCUUGGCGUAUAGCCUAAAUGGCCGGUGGGAUGAUGCCGAAGAGCUGGAGGUGCAACUGGAGGUGCAAGUGAUGGAGACGCGCAAGAAGAAACUCGGCGCCGACCAUCCAGACACGCUGACCAGCAUGAACAACUUGGCAUUUACGUGGAAAGGAACCGGCAAAGAAACCGAAGCUGUAAGACUUAUGGAAGAAUGUGUACAAUUACGGAAACGUGUCUUGGGACUUAAUCAUCCACAUACUUUAUCAUCCUGCACAGCUUUAGAUGCAUGGAAGGCUGAGCAAAAGGAUGUUACAUAG